AUGGCUGAAUAUCAUUUGCUCCUUGCCGGUGCUACGGGAUAUAUACAUAUCUGGGAGGACAAAGCCGACGCACUCAAGCAACUGGGCGUUCAGCCCAUUGUAGUCCCGGAUUACAACAAUUUGGAGAUAGUCCGGGAGGCAGCCAGCGGAAAUGACAUCGUCAUCAACGCUGGGUUCGGAUUCCAUCCCGGGUUUGGAAAGGCUCUAGUGGAAGGGUUAGGAGAGAGAAAGAAGGCAACGGGGAAGGAUACUUAUAUAAUCCAUACAUCCGGAGUCUCUAAUAUCGCGGACUUGCCUCUCAGCGGUAGAUUCACCGACACGCAAAUCUUCAGCGACAAGGAUGACAUCUACGCGCACGAGGAAGGCCGAGAAUCGCAGGUGCCGAACGCGCAGCGUACGACCGAGCUGACUAUCAUCAAUACUGCGGAGGCUCUCAAUGUGAGAGCAUACAUCGUAUUCAAUCCCAUCAUUUAUGGCAUUGGGUUGGGGAACUUUAACAAGUUCUCGUUCCAGAUUCCGCUUCUCAUCAGGAAGUCGCUUGCUCACAAGCAGGCUAUUGUGGUGGGUAAGGGAGACGGGAUUUGGGGACACGUCCAUAUUGAAGAUUUGGUGGACCUGUAUCUCCUUAUUCUGGAGAAGAUAGUCGUUUCAAAAACGACGGAAAUCCCAGUGAACAGGAAUGGGAUCUACUGUUCCGAGACGGGAGAGACCACGUUCCUCGAUAUCUCGAGAGAGAUUGGAAAGGAGGGAAAGGCUCUUGGUGUCUUUGAGACGGAUGAGGUGAGGAGUCUGUCGUUGCAAGACGCAGCUGAGGCAAUCGGUUUCAACGAGGCUGUUGUGGAAUUGGCUUUUGCAUCCAAUGCUCGAACCAAGUCGGACCGUGCUCGCGAACUGUUUAGCUGGAAGCCCAAGAGGACAGUUGAGGAUUUCAAAAAGAGUAUCUAUGAGGAGUUCAAGGUCCUUUAUCAGGGCAACUGA